AUGGUACUAAUUAAGAAUGUAAACAACUCCUUGCGAAAUAAAGCCAAACAUCGUGGCUUACCGCCCGUUAGAUGUAUAGGCAAACCAUCAGUGCACGGGCCUAACGCUAAUGUCCCGUACAUUGGAGCGCCAUUAACCAGCACGACUACCACUAAUAAUAACUGGACUAAUGGUAAUUGGGUCGUGGUUAUAGACAACCCCACCACGUCCGCUGUAACCGAUCCCGUUGUCAAUAACAGCUCUGAGACAACACCAGAGCCGUCCAUUGCUGUGUUAGCUGAUCCAGACCCGAGUAUUGUACCACUAACCACAACCAUUGAUAGCGUAGACCAGAAUGAUGACGGAGACCCCAUUCGCUUCAUAGCACUGAACGAGCCGUCCACUAUUGUUAUGCCGAGUGUUGCCGGCUCCAGCAAGGCUGGCCCGGGUAUACUUACGGCAAGCGGUGCUGUCAGACGGCCUAUGGGAAAGCCCGAGCACAUGAUUAGGACCCGACUAAUAGCGGCUACCUUUUCGAAAAAGCGCGGCGGUAUUAAGAAGCCCAAACGCAAACCGACUAAAAGGACACGAAGAGCUCGGGACGACCCAGAACCGUUACGAAGAGCUGGCAGGCCAGCCGAUCCACCAUGGCUCAAGGAAAUCAAGAGAUACCAGGACAGUACCGAUAUUUUGAUCAAGAAGCUACCCUUCCAAAGGGUUGUCCGAGAGAUUGCCCAGUUUAUGAGAGAUGAUAUACGCUUCCAGAGUGCCGCGCUCGGGGCUCUUCAAGAAGCGGCCGAAGCCUUCCUUGUGAUGGUGCUUACAGACGCAAACCUAGCGGCCAUACACGGGGGCCGGGUAACUAUUACUCCUAAAGACGUACAGUUAGCCCGGCGUAUCGGGAACUAUUAA